CUGGCUCAGGGCUGUGUCUGCUCCCUGGCCUGGGUGCCCUCCAGGUCUCUUGCGGGUCCUUCUCACCCCUAGAUCUCCGGCAACCAAGAUGCCAUCGCCACAGCCAGUGAGCCCUGGGCCGGAGCCCCAGACCGGGAGGACCAGCACUGGGGACGCGCCUGACACCCCCCGGGGGGGCAGCUGGAAGCUGGGCCUGGGCACCUGGAAACGCGCCUUCUCCCGGGCCGGCCAGCGCGCCCGAGCUGCCAGCGAGGACUCGGGGCUGCGCAGGCCCGGCUCCCGCUCCCUGUUCCGGUCCUUCCGGCGGCCCGUGGACGAAGGCCCGGCCGCCAGCCCGACCCAGGGUGCUGCUGUGCCAGAGGAGGGGGCCCGCGGGCAGACACCCACUGGCUCAGGGCUGGAGACGCCGCAGCCACAGGCAGAAGGCCACUCCGUGGCUGACCUCAUCACAGAGCGGAAGCUGCUGGCGGCCUUCGAACAGCUGCAGCAGCUGGAGACGCGGCUGGAGGCCGAGAAGGACUCACACACCUACGAGCGGGACCCCACGGCCUUCGCGCGGAGCGCCAUGGACCUGUGCCUCCACUACGACGGGCUGGCGGCCGAGAUCCGCGCCAUCGUGCGAGAGACGCUGGGCCCCGACGGCGUGGACGCGGACGAGCUGGCCCAGGUGGCCUGGGUGGUGCAGGCCGAGGCGGAGGCCCACCCCGCGCCCCCCGCCGACGGCGACUUCCUGAGGACGCCCCGCCACUGGCGCCAGCUCUGGGAGGACGCGGUGAGGCAGAGCGCGCGGGAGCGCGUGCAGGGCGCGGGCAGCCUGCCCGAGGGCGCCGCCGCGGGCCUGGCCCAGCGCCUGGCCCAGCUGGGCGGCCUGGUCCGCGACGACCUGCGGAAGGUGCGGCGGGAGGUGCAGCCCGCCUACCCGGCCGGCCUGCCGGUGUGGGAGACCUACCUGCGCGCCUUCCACGGCGCGGUGGCGCAGCGCCUGCAGGGCCUGGCCCGGGGCGCGCGCGGCUGCGAGCAGCUCUACCUGCUGCUGGACUGGGCCGCCAACGUGUACGGCAGCCCCGACUUCCUGGGCACCCCGGACUUGGCCCUGCCCGCCGAACCUCUGCCCCCGCUCCUGGCCCCCGAGGUGUGGGCGCGACUGGAGAGCGACUACACCAGCUUCCUGGAGACCAAGAUCGCGGGCUGCUUCGACGGCAUCCUGCAGCUGGAGCGGAGCCGCUGGGCGGCCGCGGAGGCGCCCGAGGUGCUGCGGGGCCGCUACCGCGCGCCCCUGUCCACCGACGUCCACAUGCUGGUGGCGGAGCACGUGAAGGCGGCGGGCGCCAUCUCCGCGGAGCUGGAGGCCACCACGCUGCGGAUCUGCGCGCGGGAGCUCGGCCUCUUCGUGCCCAGGUGGGGGCGCGGGGCCCGGGGCGGCGGGGCGGACCCGGGGCUCAGAGCCGCCAGGGCCGGUCCCCGAGCCUCCGCGUGCCGCCUCAGGUUCCAAAAGGCUUUUCUGGAGUCGGAGGCGGUGAGCGAGCAGCACCUGGGCGCCUACAUCAAUUCCUGCGAGGAGCUGAGGACCAGUCUUCUGGCCCGGUUCCCCGGCGCCCUGGAGGAGCUGGAGGCCUGCCUGGAGGCCACCAUCCGCAGCUUCCAGAAGCACUGGCUCCAGAGCUGGCAGCGAGGGGUGCAGCCGCUCUUCAGGGUCCUGUGCACCAAGAGCUGGCUGACCCAGGACGCCCUGGGCCCCGUCAUGGACAAGGCGGUGGCCUUCGCCCGCCACCUCGCGCACGUGGCCUCGCCGCUGGCACAGGAGACCCUCCAGGAAGCGCACCGGCUGGUGGUCCGGGAGUACCUGGCCCAGGCCCUGAGACCCCGGGAGAGGUUCCGGGGAGCCGACCGCGUGACCGGCGCCCAGAAGAUGAGCCUGGAUGCGCAGGCCAUUGGCAGCACCUUCCGGGGCUUGGGCUCCGAGGCUUCAUGGCUGGACCAAGCCAUCCACUGCGUGGCUGAGAUCCUGGGUGAGACGUACAAGGACGACAUCCGCCGGCACCUGGAGGCCCUCGUCCGGGGCUACCCCGACAUCAGGCGCGACCACGUUCGAGCCGUCCUGGCCCUGCGCAGACUGGGCCGCCGUCGGAACCAGAGCCUGCUGCGGCACGCGCAGAGCCUGCUGCGGGGCGCGGACACGGACGCGGGGGGCGCGGACGCGGGGGGCCACGUGCUCUUCCGGGAGAUCCAGCUGUGCCCCUCCGUGGACCUGCUCGCCACCUGCAUCUAGGGUGCCCCCGGUGGGGGAGGGGAGCCAGCAGCCCUCCUCCUGGAGGAG